AGUAAGCCAAACAGUUUUCUUGAGACUAUUCAACAUGAAGGCUUUCUUUGUUCUGGUGGCUCUUGCCGUUGCCGCUCCUGCCCUGGCUGGCCGCACUCUCGAUCGGUGCUCCUUGGCCCGUGAGAUGUCCGACCUGGGAGUUCCCCGUGAUCAGCUGGACAAGUGGACCUGCAUCGCCCAGCACGAGAGUGACUACCGCACCUGGGUGGUCGGACCUGCCAACUCCGAUGGCUCCAACGACUACGGUAUCUUCCAGAUCAACGAUCUGUACUGGUGCCAGGCUGACGGUCGCUUCUCCUACAACGAGUGCGGUCUUAGCUGCAAUGCUCUGCUGACAGACGACAUCACCAACUCCGUCCGUUGUGCCCAGAAGGUCCUCAGCCAGCAGGGAUGGUCCGCUUGGGCCGUCUGGCACUACUGCAGUGGAUCGUUGCCGUCCAUCGAUGAGUGCUUCUAAGCCGAUUUUGACCCCGACUUAUAAUAAAACGAUUGCAUA